GAGGAAGCGGUUGUGGCUGGAAAACAGUCAUUCGGGACGAAGCUCCCGAGCUGAACGGAUUGUCCUCCUUCCUACGUCCUCUCUCUCCACACACACCGUUUUCUUUGCUAGUGCCUUUGACAGCCAAAACAAACAACUUGCACACUCACAUCCAACCUUACUCGAUCCAGUUUUAUCCCAAAUUCGCAGCGGUUAUUCCUCAAGUGUUUCUUUCGUUCUCCCAUUCGACAGAACAAUUUCUGAAAGUGAACACACAAACUGUUAACCGAGUUCUCUAAAAAGAAACAAAAAUGAUGAUGAGCAGCCCACAGAAGAUGUCCCCACCAACGAUGAUGUAUUCGCCAAUGAAUUCAUCUCCUGCCGUCAUGAUGCAGUUCAACAACAACAACAACCUGACGCCAACCAAAUCGGGCGGUGCAAACAAGCGGCCCAUCCAGCCUGCUGUCGCCGGUGCUUCGGCCGGCAGCUCGGCCAAGAAGCGCAUCCAGUUCAACAGCUUGGGCUACGUCCUGCCACCGGCCCCACCGGCCUCCGUGGCCCGGCGCAACGCUCGCGAGCGCAACAGAGUCAAGCAGGUCAACAUGGGCUUCGCCGUUCUGCGCCAACACAUCCCAACUUCAUUCUGCGAGGCCAGCACAGCCAGCGACAGCGGCCGAUCGUCCAGCGGAGGUGGCAGCAGCAAAAGCCGCAAGGUCAGCAAAGUCGACACUUUGCGCUGUGCUGUUGAGUACAUCCGCAGCCUGCAAGAAAUGCUCGACUCGGACGGGUGCAGCGACUCUGCCUCGUCCACUUCGUCCAGCGCCUGCUCCUCGUCCGAAAACAUGUCACCGCCCGCUCACCUGCAGCCAAAGAGCUUCACCUUCGGUGUCCACCACCAGCCUUCCGUCAGCACGUCACUAUCACCUUCAAACUACAGCGACGCCUCAUCACCAACACCUUCGUGCUACGGCUCCGAGCACUCGUACUACACCGCCUCGUCCCAGUGGGGCGGCUGCGGCGGCAACAACAACAACCACAACAACAUGGUUGUCGGUGUCACCAACGAUCUCUACGACGUCUACGAUGCCCCCGACUUUGCCACGGAAGCCGUCGAUCCACCCAACGAAGACGAACUGCUCGAUGCCAUUUCUUGGUGGCAGCAAAGCCAAUAGAUCGCACAGAAAUCCAUUCGGAAAAGACGCGCGAAUUUCGAAAAAGGAAAAAAAAAACACAAAAAUAUUCACUGUGAUAUUAGUACUUCAAUUGUUGGCACCGAGACCAGUACAUGUAGCAGCAAUACGUAAAAACAACGAGGCGGAGUGCUGUCCGACAUCAUGGCAGACGGACCGAGCCGAUCGCCCCAAAGACGGACCGAACAAAAAAACCAACAAAACACAAAAUUGGGUUCAAUAAUCGACAUUUCCCCAUUUUUUCUUCUCAUCUGUCAAAGAGACCAAACCUAGUGCCCUCCAUCAUGUUAACAAAACGAAAAAAAAAAAAAAAAAAAAUGCGAACUGGAUUUUGAAGCCCCGUCCAAAAUUUGUUCGAAUCCACUAAGAAUGAUUUGCAUAUCAAACUUGCCAGCCAUCAAGUGCCUGUGUCCUUCCAAACAAGAACUUCCCUGCUUUACUUUCCUUUCUUUUUUGAAUUGUAUAUUGUACACACGAGCGUGCCUUUUCAUCGACGUCUUCUUCCUGGCCUUUCUUGAAAUCUUUACUUUUACUUCUUGAUUGUGCCUUUUUUUCAAAGUUAAGUGCUGAUGCCGAAGCCAAUUGUUUCCCUCAUAGUGUGCUAUACAUAGACCAUAUUGUAUAGUACAUCCUCGACUCUAUUUUCGUGAUGCUCAGUGAAUUUGGAAGAAGAAACAAAAAAGAAAACCAAACAAACAAAAAAAACUUAAAUUUUUUUCCAACAUUUUGUCCAUGAAACGGAUCCGGAAGUUGGUGCCAGUCCGAGUUUCCCGUUUGAUUGACACAGAGAUCCUGCUUGAUGGCUUUAUUACCUUUUAAAACAAAUGUUUCGUUUUCUUUCUAUAUGCGGUAUUUGUUUGCCCAGAGAGAAAAUAUCAGUGAUGUACAUAUUAUACAAUAGCUCCCAAACUCCCAAACUGUGCCGUUUUUCACUCAUGCGGAGACGCCCACAACGUUACAAAAAAGAAAUAACCAUUCGCCUUCCAAAUUUAUUGUGCAUCAAUGCCAAGUUAUUGUGUUUUCAAUCUAUAAAAAUGAAUACAUUCUCUACUGCAGUGCAA